AUGGAUUUUUGGGAGAAAGGCAACAGCAUCCUAUCAAGAGAACAGACUGUCUAUGUUAUUUUUGCUGCUGAUGUAGACUUUGAUGACCUCGUUGAGAUUGUGGCACCAUUCAAAACGGGUUGUUUCAAAGACAGGCAGAUGGCUGAAAGUGAUAGAAAAGAAAAAAGAAAAUGGACAACCAUUGUUAUUAUUAGCUCAUCUCUUAAGAAUUCUGAACUUGCCAUUGCCCUAGAAAAUCAAAGCCAUAAGGUCCGGUAUUCAGAGACAGUGGAAGAUGGAUCAAUUUUAUUUUCUCUAUCUGGAGUUGCUUUUUUAUUGAUGGAUGUUAAAGAAUGUCUUAUGUCAACUGAAGAAGUAUUUAUGGCUAAAAUUGAGAAGUUUAUAAAUGUUCACCAAAAUAGUUUUUUGGUUCUAUCUGCUGCCCUCCAUGGACCCGAAGAAUGGAAACUCAUGUUCAGGAUUCAGCAGAGAUUCCUUGGUGGUAACUUAAAGAUACUUCCAGUACACAACACAGUAAAUGCUAUUAAUCUCAUGUGCACAAUAGCUAAGACUACCUCCAAACUACACAGAGAUAGUCUCUGCUACAGGAUGAUAGCAGCUAAAGCAUAUGUCAUUGAACAAAGUCCUGUUUGGAAAACACUUCAAAAAAUAAAACUAAGUACUGAAUAA